GUCAAACAGCGGACAGAGGAGCAGCUCCACAUGAGAAGUUUAGCGCGGAAUUACAAACACGGGAACAAGGCGAAAACCAACACGUCUGCAGCGUUUCAUUACGAAGAGAGCGGACAGUUUGGUGACCAUGGCCGGAUGUUUAUUUUUCCCUCUCGGAGCGGUUAAUUGAGCACUCCCCUCGCGCCUCGUUUCUUCCCGGGGGAGCUCUUUUUGUUGUUUGGGGUAACGCGAAAUGUGACUGAAAUAGCGUGGUGUUUAGCCGGUCCGUUUCAGCGCAAAAGUGGGCGAAAAUACGCGCAAUAGUUUGUCAUUGACGGAUUGGGAAAGCGCCAGUGUAGGCUGGGAUGAGCAGACGGUUUAAUAGUGGAGAAGCGCCAGACGGAGACAGCGAAAGCUAGACUUAUCCCACCACCACCACCACCAGCAGCAGUCAACGGCGGGACACGACCACCCCCUGCCCCGGGGCCAGCCUGAGAGCCCUCACUCUUUCUCCUCAUCAUUCUCCCACUCGGCUCUACAUGUGAUUUCUUUCAUCUCAUUUGUCUUGCUCCCUCCUGAUCUACCUCUUCACAUCCUCCCCUCCUCCCCCUCCCUCUCGGCUCCUCUGGCAGGCGGCACAUUGCAGUGAGUCAGUAUCAUGGAGGCAGGCAGCGGGGCUGCCGCAGUGGUGGGGAGUGCAGCACUAGGACUGCUGGGAGCCACAGCUACGUCCAGUCAUGACAUUUUGGACAGGGGCCUAAGGUCUGGCCGUCACCUGGACGACGAGGAUUUUGUGCCUGAGUUGGCUCACAUCCAUCCCAGAGAGCGCCCCGACUGGGAGGAAACCAUCAGUGCCAUGGCGCGGAGUGCAGAAAUUCCCGAGCUGCGGUCCGAACCCCUCAUGCGAUCUUGCAGCAGCAGUACGGCAAGCAUGAAAGUCAAAAAUGUCAAGAAGCUCAAUUUUACCAAGGGACACUUUCCCAAACUGGCAGAGUGCGCCCACUUCCACUAUGAAAAUGUGGACUUUGGCACAAUCCAGUUGACCCUCGGGGAUGAACAGUGCGAAGUGACCCGCAACGGCUAUGAAUCCAAGGAGCUGGUCUACCUAGUUCAUAUUUACUGCCAGGGUCGGAGCUGGAUUGUGAAGCGCAGCUAUGAGGAUUUCAGAGUCCUGGACAAACAUCUCCACCUCUGCAUCUACGACCGCCGCUUCUCCCAGCUGCCUGAGUUACCCCGAGUGGACAGUCUGACUGACCAAUCAGAAUCAGUUUCCCAGAUGCUGUUGGCGUACCUCUCGCGGCUCUCAGCCAUCGCUGACAACAAAAUCAACUGUGGGCCUGCGCUCACAUGGAUGGAGGUCGACAAUAAAGGGAACCAUCUAUUGGUCCAUGAGGAGUCAUCCAUCAACGUCCCAGCUAUAGCUGCUGCUCAUGUCAUUAAACGAUACAUCGCCCAGGCCUCUGAUGAGCUGUCCUUUGAGGUGGGCGAUAUCGUGUCUGUGAUUGACAUGCCUCCAAAGGAAGACACCACCUGGUGGAGGGGCAAACAUGGAUUUCAGGUUGGCUUCUUUCCCAGUGAGUGUGUGGAGCUCAUAAAUGACAAAGUGCCACAGUCUAUGACCAACUCUGUGCCAAAACCAGCCAACCCCUGCUCUGGCCUGCAGCCUGCUUCUUGGAGUCUCUUCCCUCCGUACUUGGAGAUGGAGAGUGUUACACAGGACAGUACAUGGGUGGCCGACCCGCUAAACCACUACAGCAUAAGUUCAGUGUCUAAAAAGCACGGGAAGCUGAUCACGUUCCUGCGCUCCUUCAUGAAGUCCAGACCCACCAAACAGAAGCUGAAGCAGAGGGGCAUCCUGAGGGAGCGGGUGUUCGGCUGCGACCUCGGCGAGCACCUCCUCAACUCAGGACACGAUGUUCCCCAAGUUCUCAAGAGCUGCACUGAGUUCAUUGAGAAACAUGGCGUGGUGGAUGGGAUGUACCGACUCUCUGGAAUCGCAUCAAAUAUCCAAAAACUACGACAUGAAUUUGACUCGGAGCAGAUCCCCGACUUGACCAAAGACAUUUACAUCCAGGAUAUUCACUGUGUGGGCUCUCUGUGUAAACUGUACUUCAGAGAGCUGCCCAACCCCCUCCUCACCUACCAGCUCUAUGAGAAGUUCUCGGAGGCUGUAUCUGCGGCAACAGACGAGGAAAGGCUCAUCAAGAUCCAUGAUGUCAUCCAGCAACUUCCUCCACCGCAUUACAGGACGCUGGAGUUUCUGAUGAGACAUCUUUCUCGCCUGGCGACGUUCAGCUAUGUCACAAACAUGCACAGCAAAAACUUGGCCAUCGUCUGGGCUCCGAAUCUUCUGAGGUCUAAACAGAUAGAGUCGGCCUGCUUCAGUGGCACUGCUGCGUUCAUGGAGGUGCGGAUCCAGUCUGUGGUGGUGGAGUUCAUUCUCAAUCAUGUGGAUGUUCUCUUCAGCCCCAAACUCAGCUCACUCAUACGAGAAGGAGCAGGUCAUAACUCUCUGUCACGGCCAAAAUCCCUACUGGUCUCUUCACCCUCCACUAAACUCCUGAGCCUGGAGGAGGCGCAGGCUCGAACCCAGGCCCAGAUCAACUCCCCUGUCACAGAAGACAGCAAGUACAUCGAGGUGGGCGAGGGUCCAGCCGCUCUGCAGGGAAAGUUCCACACUGUCAUUGAGUUCCCAACAGAAAGGAAGAGACCCCCUAAUAAGACCAAAAAGUCACCAGUCGGGAGCUGGCGUUCCUUCUUCAAUCUCGGCAAAUCUUCCUCCAUGUCAAAGCGCAAGUUACAUCGCAAUCCCAGUGAACCUAACGAGCUGAAGGCGAUGGCUCUGGCUGGAGGCAGAGGAGACACCGCCACUUUAAGAUCAGCCAAAAGUGAAGAGAGUUUAAGUUCUUUGCACAAUGUUGAGGGAGAGUCCAAGGUGUACCGUCCCAGGCGCCCACGCUCCAGCAGUGAUGCCCUCUCUGCCUCCUUUAACGGGGACCUUUUGGACACUCGGCAGCACUGUAACUCCUACGAUAAUCUGGACGGGACAGAGGACAGCGACGGAGACGAGGGGCCUAUCUGUGUCCCGGCUCUGAUCUCUCCUCCGCGCUCGGCCGGAGAGGAUGUGGACCUCAGCCCUCCGGACAUCGGAAUGGCCUCCCUGGACUUUGACCCCAUGUCAUUUCAGUGCAGCGCUCCCGAUACAUCCUACGCUUUCCCUUUAGAGGAGUCAUCCAUGGGAGCAGAGGCGUCUACACUGAAGAGAAGCAAAACCAAUGUCUCCGAGGUGCUUUCUGCCUCUUUUCUUGGCAGUAUAAGCGCGCCUGUUGUCGACUACAGGCCUAUAGCUGGCGAAAAGCGGGAAAACAAGAAGAUGACCAUUUCCUAUUCAUAUAUGGACAAGCCAACCCAAGCAGUGUCACCGAUCAAAAGUGGGAAGAGCGCAAGUAUGACAGGUUUUGCCACUUCAGAGCUGCUCUCUGCUGACAAACCUGCAUCUGGACAGUGUGUCUCCUCUCAGCCAUUAUCCCCUCCAUCACUGCCCGCCGACUCCUCUCCUCUGAUGGGCUCUGUGCUGCUGAGGCCCGUGGAGCCUUCUUUGAGUGAAGCUUUCCAAAUGGAACUGCAGUCCAAGCUGGCAGCCUUUGACAGUGAAGACAGAGCAGAUAUCAAGGGAGAGGGCGGCCCACUGCCAGCACCUGUCUGCACCAAAGAAGGGGUUGUGUCUUCAGACUCUUCAAAGGAGCCCCCCUCUCACUCCCUCAGCACUGCCUCCGCCCCGGCUCCUCCUCCCAAAAACCCAACCCGCAUGUUGACCCUGGCUCUGUCUGAAUCUUUACAGCCGGUGUCAGUCCAGUCCCACUCAGAGCCCCUAACACCAGUGACACCAGUAACUCCAAUGACUCCAUCACCUCAGGACUGUCCCGCUUUGGUUCAGCUGCCUCAACCUGCCUCAGAGAGAAAACCUGAAGAGGAAACCUCUCCACUAACAAAUAGCGCUGCUAUGACGACCACAGUCUCAUCAUCUCAACCCUGUCCUUCCACUCCUGUCACCGAAAAACCCACAGUCAACAGUAAUAUCACAGAGACCUCCACCACCCCGCCUCAGAUGGACUUCAGCCCCCCAGAUACGCCUGUGUACAAAUGUGUCCCCUUGGUUCUUGAAAUCUCCCCCAACAUCAAAAGUCCAGAGAAGCUACCAGUGUCUCAAGUUUGCACAUCGUCCAGUACCACUCCAGCCACGACCCCUAGUGGCAGUUUUAAGACUGUGCAAUCACAGCCCACUCCUGAGGCUGUCAAGGUUAAACCAGAGCCUGUACCACCACCAAUUCUUCCAAAGCCAACAGAUGUACGCCCUCCUCCUGCUUCACUGCCUAAAAAAACACCUGUGUCACUCCCUCCACCACACACCUCCACUCCAACACAGAGUCAAAGCCAGAGUUCUACCCAGCCCCAGACUAAGCCCACCCCUCCAACACAAUCAGAGAAGACCCCAGCUCCUCAAACGCUCCCGGAGACUCUGCUCCCCCAACCUGUGCCCCAACCUGUGCCCCAACCUGUGCCCCAACCUGUGCCCCAACCUGUGCCCCAACCUAUGCCCCAACCUAUGCCCCAACCUAUGCCCCAACCUAUGCCCCAACCUAUGCCCCAACCUAUGCCCCGAAAUGUGCCCCAAAAUGUGCCCCAAAAUGUGUCCCAACCUCAGCUUACCUCCAAGGCCAGUGCCCGCGUAGCCCCCACUGCUGCCGAGCCUGUGGAGAAGCCCUGGGAGGCCAUCAAACCAGUCCAGCCUAGCAGUGAGUCUCAUAUACCUAAACCUCCUGCUCCUCCGGUCCGCACCAUGGAGAGCAAACUAGCAACAGCUGCACUUAGCCAAAGCGAAGCCCCCUUCCUUGUUCUCGGCGAGGGUCAUCCAGACGAGCCUGUUCAACAUCAUCCUCUAUCUCCACGUAAAUCGACCCCUCACCAGCCCCCCUACAUGUACCACACCAAAGCAGAGCCACUAAUGGAGCCACCUGUGUCUGCUUACUAUCACCAGAGGCCUGCUCCUAUGGGCCCGCAGCCAAUGCCUCACCAUUACAGACCAGAAAGCAUGACCCCUCACCCCUCCUACGUGUCUAAGUCUGAGCCUCAGAUCCCGUACAGUGCCCGAAUAGACCGGUACAGCACUUUAGGCCCACGCUCCUACCACCACUCCAUCAAGUCCAGAGGGAACCCCAGGACUGUGUACAUGACGACAGGGCAUCAGGGCUACAGCCACGACCGCACCCACGGCUACGCCACCAUCCGCAGAGUGCACUCCAUGCACGUGCCCUCCACUAUCCGCUCUGUGCCCAUCCAGAGAACAGAAGUCCCUCCAGACGAUGAGCUGUUCUUCUGCCAGCGCCCUGUGUAUCCCUGUAAAGCCUAUCAGCAGCAGCAGCAGCAGCAGCAGCAGUCGUCACAGGUGGAUUACCACGUCACACAGCUGCAGCCAUAUUUUGAGAACGGACGUGUGCAGUACCGCUACAGCCCGUACUCCGGCUCUGGGCCUGUGGACUCUCCCUUCUACGACAUAGACCCUUAUGGCACUAUUCGUGUGCGCCACUUUCAUUCCUUCAGAGAGCCAGGGCCAGGCUCAGGGCGACCCAGAGCAAAGACCACAGGAUACCACUACCUCUCCCAUCACGCUGGGCCUCCUGCCAAAGAGCAUAGCUUUGUCAGCAGGGACAUUCCCCCAAACCACGGGCCCAAGGAGUCGUCCUACCACACGUGGGACGCAGAGGAGUCUGAACGCUACCGCAUGCACUCCAUAAGGAGAGAGAGCAGGGCGCGCCAGAAGAUCAAAGGCCCUGUGCUGUCACAGUACGAUAAUGUGGGCCUCUUCACCCCCUCAGACUUAUCAGGCUACGAGACGUUGCACCUGCGCAGCAAGUCGGACCCAGGGAAGGCUGUGCUGGUUACAGCUGAGAGCAAAGAUGGACGCUACCUCCCGAGACACAUCAUGUCCGAUCCUGAAGCACUCAUGUAUAUGGAGACUGACAAACAGGGGAACAAUGUAGGGGACAAGUCUGAUGGUCUGGCCAAGCCAAGUGGGGCCAAGAAGGUCCCAUCCUCUCAGUCCCACCCUGGAGCCCUGAGCCACAGUGUCUCACAUCAGGAAGGCUCUCGACACCCAGAGGACAAGCACUGGCAGCAGGAGUAUCCCAACAAGAGGAGCCUCCAGCCGCGCUAUGACUGCCCUGAUUCAGAGCACCCUCAGAGCAAAGCUAAAACAGCCAGCGGCUACCACAGCUCCGAAGACCAGCCUCGAGAAGUGCCCCGCAAACCGGAGCGUUCCCAUAGUGUCCGAGAGCACUACGGCCAGAGCAAACCCGACCUGGAGCGGGAAUAUGCGUAUCAGAAACUCAGUGCAAAGACUGCUCAGUCCCACUAUGAUAACCUGGAUGACUAUCACCCUGCACCUCAGGCCCCUGCUCCAAAACGUGGGCCCCCAGGCUCCUACCCUGGUCCAGGCUUUCCAGUGAGCCUCAAUAACAGAGCCUACUCCACUGCACUGGGCCAGGGCGCGUUCAUUCAGACUGAGCUGGGCCUGCAAAGGCCAGAGACUGAGAUCAGAACAGAGUGAAGCGCUUUAAAACAUGUGGUGUUUAUCUGUGUAAAAGGACUGUCUGGAGCCAUGGGUGAGCAGCCUCUGCAGGACGGUGGACUGUUGAAUCACCAAACUUUUUGCUCCUCUGUAUUUUUAAUAAAUUGUACAGAACAUUGUAAGACUUUUUACAGAGUCCUGGAUGUACCUGAAUUGUGAUUUAUUGACAUGUCCUAAUUGUAUAUGAAAAUGUAUGGUACAGUGAUUAGGCACUACAGAAAUGUAAAAUAUAAAUAAAUAUAUAGAGAUCUGUAUAUGAAUAGAAACACUAGUAAAGGGGUGGAUUGUAUUUCAGUUUGUUUAAAGGUUUGGAGCGAGGAUCAGCUGGGAUUACAGAUUGCAUUUUAGAAAUGCAUGCACUCUUACAGAAAAGUUCUGUGGACUUCACUAUCUAUUGCGUUCUUGAUGUUAGAGCACAACUAUUGAAGGAGCAAACCUACAGAAAUGAUCUUUUACCUGAUAAAACAGUUCAACACUUAUACACUUAAGCAGUAAAUAUUCUACUUGUUUCUCUCCAAGUAUCCAGGUUUAGUGAUGAAACAAGCUGCAGUUAUUUGAUUUCAAUUGUUUUGUUUUUCUGUGACUGUGCCAUUUCUGUACCUGUAUCUGUGUGCUAUAAAACCAUUUGUUUCUUGAGGGAUGUUUUGGUGCUUGUCUGUUCUUCUGUGGAAGAGGGACCAAUACUUUGGCACAGUCUCAGCUCCACUUGCACAGCAGUACAGGAGGAGGACAUAGACGAUUACAUGUGACACCUUCAAAUGUGCAAGAUGUUUUUUUGUUCCUUUUGUUAUCAGAAAUAUGGAACUCUGGUAGCCUGGACUAAUACAAGAUUAAAGCUGAAAAUGUGUGCCCUUAAACUGUAGGGUAAAGAACGCAAUGCUGCUUUGUCCAUGAAAAACAACUCAGUGAGCCUUAAAUAUUUUCCCAAGUAUAUGUUGACUGCUGUUAAAUUUUUGUUCCAAUGCACAAACAUUAAAAUACUUUUGUUGCUUCCUCAAUUCGGGGUGUCACAUGGUAUUAUAACUAACUCACUACUUUAUACAGUACUAUGCUAACACUAAAACAUUAGUGGGUACUUGUGUUUAGUACUUAAAUAUAAUACAUAACUUUUGGCUGAUCAUAAACAAUAGACUAUGUAAUUAUCCAGGUUAUAUGGCUGUCCCUGACCUCUUUCGGGUGUUGCUCCUUUUGCCUUAUUCACUGCCUCAAAUGGGGCAUGGACUUAAGGUUCAGUUAUGUACUUGAAUGUGAAAGCUCAUAGUAUCUAAGGUCACGUUGAAAAUAAAGCAAUCUGUUCAGAAAUAAAAUU